GGGGGGGCCGUGGCGACAAAGAGCCGGGCGGGGAGGCGCCGAGUGGCGCUCGGCCAGGGGUCGCAGCUGUGGCCAGGGGCUCGGCUCGGCGGGACCCGGAGCGGCGCUGCCCCUUCGCCCCGCGCUGAGCUGAAACUUCGCGCGCGGAGGCGCGCGGGGAGGGAGGGCCGGGUUCCGCGGGGACUCCGCGCGGGGCUGGGUCGGGGCCCGGGCGGGGCAGGGGUGGAAGGAGAGGACCGUGAGCAUCGCCGGAUUUGGGGUGCGGCGGGCCGCGAGGGAGGGGCCGUAGCCCCGCGAUUGCAAUCCUGGGUUGAGGCCGGUUGUUAGGCGCGCCGUUGCUUUGUAAAAACGCUUGUGUCUUCUGGCGUUUCGCCUGGGAUAGGGAGGGGACACACGGUGAGGUGUGGGGUUCGUUCCCUCAAGUCACACCCCCGCCUUUUUAAUUGCAAAGGGGGGUUCUUAAAAAAAAAAAAUAAUCCUUUGCUGAACCGAGACAGCACUGUUAGCUCCCUGGAGAUUUAAACGCGCAAAUUCAGCUGCCGAAGAGCAGGGUGCCCCCAGAGUCACCAUGGCUGAUCGGGCUGCGGCUGAAAGGGCCUGCAAGGAUCCCAACCCCAUCAUUGACGGCAGAAAGGCCAAUGUGAAUCUGGCAUACUUAGGAGCAAAGCCAAGGAUCAUGCAACCAGGUUUUGCCUUUGGUGUUCAGCAACUUCAUCCAGCCCUUAUACAGAGACCCUUCGGGAUACCUGCCCACUAUGUCUACCCGCAGGCUUUUGUGCAGCCUGGAGUGGUCAUUCCACAUGUCCAGCCCACAGCAGCUGCGGCCUCCACCACGCCAUACAUAGAUUACACUGGAGCUGCAUACGCACAAUACUCAGCAGCUGCUGCCGCCGCAGCCGCCGCUGCUGCCUAUGACCAGUACCCCUAUGCGGCCUCUCCGGCUGCUGCAGGAUAUGUCACCGCUGGAGGCUAUGGCUAUGCCGUCCAGCAGCCCAUCACUGCCGCUGCACCUGGGUCUGCAGCUGCAGCCGCGGCAGCAGCUGCCGCCGCCGCAGCAUUUGGCCAGUAUCAGCCCCAGCAGCUGCAAACAGACCGAAUGCAAUAGACCAGCCAUCCAAUCAAAGUUGAAUUGUUUUCUCGUUCCCUCCCAAUUUUCCAAUUUCUAGUCGCUAAGGAGAGAGUUAACAUUGACUUAACAGCUUUAAAAAAAAAAAAAAAAAAAAAAGAGCGAUGCUAUUGUGAAGCAGAAUUCUUAUUUUUUUUAUACUCUAAGUAGUGUCCUAGAUGAAAAAGAGAUGAGAAUGAGGGGCCUGGGCGCAGUUUUGGAAAUUGAUCCCAAAGAGCCUGAGUAAACGGAAAGGCUGCUCCGCAAUGAAUGACAGCCGGAGCACCAAUGGAACUUCACUUUUGUAAUGGGAUUUUUAUUUUUGCUCUUUUCAUAGUAUCAGGGAAGCAAACUGCCUUUUACAAGUUAGAAAAUGCUAUUUGAAUCUAGUUGAACCAGGGAAUACAGAGAGAGCAAUAUGUAGCUUGAAUUACGUUUAAAAGCAGAUAUUUUUUUUUCUUACAAACAAAACGGCGAACGCACUGAUUGUCAUUUUUAAGCAGUCACUACGGCCUAUAGAACUUUGUCGAGGAAGAAGGUAGUGUCCAUACUAUCUCAAACCCGGGCAUCGAACAAUCAAUCUGGGAGCGUGGCAGUGGGUACAAUGGUGGACAGGCACCAAAGCUAUUUUCUCAUCUGUCCUGUGGAUGAGUGAGACUGUGGAGCAAGUGAUGUGGAAUUAAUGGGUGCAACAGCUGUACAGACAAUCAAUAACACACACAGUUCUGGAAAGAACACAUCACUUGUGCUUGUUUGAUGAGCUUGUCACAUUCUAAUCCCUCUCCCCAUCCUGUUUCAAUUUUGGGAAACUUGUAUCUGCUGGUGUCAGCAAUUCUGAUCUCUAAACAGGAUCAGGCAUUUACUACAACAGCCUUCUCUUUCUAUUUAUUGUGUCGACUUGGGACUUGGAAAUAAAGGCAGGUGAAGUUUGCAGAUGCUAAACCCUUAAGAACUGUCUUAAGGAUGUUUAUUUUCCCCCCACCCCUUUUUAAAUGAUUUUACACUUUUUAGUAUCUAUUUCAGAGUCCUAUUUAAAACUAUUUAUUAGUGAAUACAGUACCUGAGACAACAAGGUUAUUGAGAUUACAAUUCUUCAAUGGUUAAUGAUAAUGUGGUUUAUACCGUGCCUUAAUAGUAAUGCUAUUUAAGAUAUUUAUUUUUAAGUUUUACUAUGCUGCACUCUAAAGAAAGGAACUUUAGAUGUGACGCUGUAAAAUUAUGUAUUCAUCUCAUGGCAUAAAUUAUUUAGUAGGUCUAGAUGUAGCAUAUUAAAUAUUAACCUAUUCAACUAAAGAUGUUGACUUGGAUUUAUUUAAAUUCAUCUGUGCACUGUAUAAGAGAAUACUUUUACAUUAACACAUUUUAGUUUAUUUUAGUCUUUGAGUUUUUUUUUUUAAACAAGCUACAUUGCUAGUUUCAUGCUUCCUUCUCUGAUUUUUGCUUGUGUAGAUCUCAUUUAUUGGUAUUUCAUCGCUGUAACACUAUUCUUAUGUAGUUUGUGUAGUUCUUAAAUGCUGCUUUACAUUUUUCUUCUGAAGCUGCAAUACUUGCAAUUUUUAUUCUUAAACUAAAUUGAAUACUAUUUUACACUGUAUUGGAUUUUUAUACUUGAACAAUUUCAUACAAGGGAAGACAGGUUAGCAUUUUUAUGGACUUUCUCCAUCGUCACUGGAUUUACUCUACGUAUUCCCAUGCUAGACAGUGUUACGUAACGUAGACAUGACUCUCCUGUGCAAAUUAUUUAUUCAUUGUGUAUAUUGCUUUAUAACAUUUCAGAUCUUCUAAUCUAUUCACUUGUAUUAAAUAUAAUUUUUAAAAA